UAGGCAUGAGCCAGGAUGGAGGUGGAGCACUUAUUUAAACACAGCAUCACAGCAGCUCUGAGCUCAGAACCAGAAAGUUCUCUGACUGAGAUGCAUCACCUGUAUUCUGAUAUAUUAAACACAGAUGAAAGGAUUGCAUCGCUGACAAUGGACUUUGACAAGACUCACAGAUCAAUGUUCUCCUUUAUCCUCCUCUUUUUAAUGCUACCUCAGUGGACCCCAGUAGCAGGCUGGUCCUACCAUUACUCUAAUACCACCAUGAACUGGAAUACUGCUCGUCAGUGGUGUAGGGACCGCUUCACGGACAUGGUGGCCACCCAGAACCACGGCGAAAUCGACCACCUCAACACCAACCUUCCCCGAGUGAGCGGAUACUACUGGAUCGGCCUCCGCAAGAUCAACAACAGCUGGACCUGGGUGGGCACUAGCAAGAAGCUGACGGAGGAGGCCAAGAACUGGGCCAAAGGGGAGCCCAAUAACGGACGGAACAACGAAGACUGUGUGGAGAUCUACAUUAAGAGGGAAAAGGAUGAGGGCAAAUGGAACGAUGAGUCCUGCAAAAAGAAGAAGACUGCACUUUGCUACACUGCAUCCUGCAAGAAAGACUCUUGCAGCCACCAUGGAGAAUGUGUGGAGACCAUCAACAACCACACGUGUGAAUGCUUUGAGGGCUUCUAUGGAGAAGAGUGUGAGCACGUUGUGAAAUGCCAAGCAGAGGAAAUAUCUGCUCCUGAUCACGGCAGCGUCUACUGCGUCCACCCUAAUGGCAAUUUCUCGUACGAUUCUCAGUGCGAGUACACCUGCAAUGAGGGCUACCAGGUCGUCGGCUCACAAACAACACGGUGCGAAGCCUCAGCAGCUUGGUCAACCAAACCACCGACCUGUGAACUCGUCCAGUGCUCUGAUCUGACUGAGCCUCUUCACGGCACCAUGCAGUGUGAUCAUCUGCUUGGAAGCUUCAGCUAUCAGUCCUCCUGUGAGUUUAGCUGUGAGGAAGGAUACAUACUAGCAGACUCAAGCUCCAGCAAGCUGAUGUGUGAAGCCAGUGGGCACUGGAACGAUUUUCAGCCCAUCUGCGAAGCUGUUCGCUGCUCAACUCUUGAGGACCCUGCUAAUGGUAGAAUCAUCUGCAGUGGUGAAAGUUUGGGCAGCAGCUGCAACUUCAGCUGUAAUGAUGGGUUCCACCUUCAUGGGGCCCCAGAAAUUACCUGCACUGAGUCUGCGCAGUGGAGCCAGGAGAAACCUUACUGUGAAGUUGUCCAAUGCUCUGAUCUGACUGAGCCUCUUCACGGCUCCAUGCAGUGUCAGCAUCCUCUAGAAAGCUUUGGCUAUCAGUCCUCCUGUGAGUUUAGCUGUGAAGAUGGAUACACACUAACAGGAUCAAGCUCUGGCCAGCUGGUGUGUGAAGGCACUGGACAUUGGAAUGAUUCUCGGCCCACCUGUGAACCUGUUCGAUGCCCAACUCUUGAGGACCCUGUGAAUGGCAGGAUGAAAUGCAGUGGUGGUAGUUUUGGCAGCAGCUGCAGCUUCAGCUGUAAUGAUGGGUUCAACCUUCAUGGGGCGCCAGAAAUGACCUGCACUGAGUCGGCAGAGUGGAGCCAGGAGAAACCUUACUGUGAAGUCGCCCAGUGCUCUGAUCUGACUGAGCCUCUUCACGGCUCCAUGCAGUGUCAGCAUCCACUAAGACAGUUUGGUUAUCAGUCCUCCUGUGAGUUUAGCUGUGAGGAAGGAUACACACUAACAGGCUCAAGCUCUAGUCGGCUGAUGUGUGAAGCCAGUGGACACUGGAAUGAUUCUCAGCCCAUCUGUGAAGCUGUUCGCUGCCCGACUCUUGAGGACCCUGCAAACGGCAGAAUCAUCUGCAGUGGUGAAAGUUUUGGCAGCAGCUGCAGCUUCAGCUGUAAUGAUGGGUUCCACCUUGAGGGGGCGCCAGAAAUUACCUGCACCCAAUCUGCAGAAUGGAGCCAGGAGAAGCCUUACUGUGAAGUCGUCCAGUGCUCUGAUCUGACUGAGCCUCUUCAUGGCUUCAUGCAGUGUCAGCAUCCAGUAGGACGUUUCAGCCAUCAGUCCUCCUGUGAGUUUAGCUGUGAAGACGGAUACACACUAACAGGCUCAAGCUCUGGCCAGCUGGUGUGUGAAGGCACUGGACAUUGGAAUGACUCUCGGCCCACCUGUGAACCUGUUCGAUGCCCAACUCUUGAGGACCCUGCGAAUGGCAGAAUCAGCUGCGGAGGUGAUAGCUACGGCAGCAGGUGCAGCUUCAGCUGUAAUGAUGGGUUCCAACUUCAUGGGGCACCAGAAAUUACCUGCACUGAGUCUGCAGAGUGGAGCCAGGAGAAACCUUACUGUGAAGCAGUGACAUGUCCGUACCUCCAGAAGCCGGACAAUGGCCUCAUGAACUGUUCCUCUGAGGAGGCCACUGUCGGGACUUCCUGUUCCUUCAGCUGUUUAGAUGGCUACAUUCUUCUCGGCGAUGAGGUGGUGACGUGUAACUUCACCGGCGACUGGUCUGGAGCAGCAGCUGAGUGUCAAGCUCCUCCUGAGCCCCAGUUGAGCCCACCCUUGGUGACCGGCCUGACCGUAGCAGGAGGUGUUAGUUUGUCCAGCCUCGCUCUGGCUCUCUGGAUAAUGAAGAAACUCAGGCAGAAAGCUGAAAAGUUUGACCUAAGUAAAUCAGACAUUGACAGGCCUCCCCAGAGGAACCUGCAUUGACAUGGUCAGUCCUGCGUGGACGUUCCUCUUCAGAGUGAAUGAAGAAAUGAACAACAGAGUGAACACAUUGAGGUUGAUCCUUGAUCCUCUGUACUACAUUUGGAUGAAUGGACUGGACAGGACGUCACUGAUUAUUUAAAAUUCUUCUUCCUAAUGGAAGUUUUUCAUAAUGUACUGAACAUAUUGUUCUGUGUUGUUUGCAGACUUUUGAAUCUUGAAAAUAGAUGUGUGAUAUUGUCUGUAUUUUAAAAUUUUGUAUUUAAGACUUUUAUGUUUCUGAAUAGAUUUUCUACAAUUUA